AUGUGGUUAGACAACAAGGGAAAGGCGAAGAGCGAAGAUUGCAGCAAUUUUGCUGUGAAAGAUAUUUGUAGAGGUAGUGAGAACGAUUCACAUCACGUCAAAAGGAUUGAGAUUAAGGAGGAGUGUGGGGGCAAUGCAAGAAAAUACAUCCAAAACAAACUUGUCAACAAGGGUGUGAUAAGACAGGAGCGUCAUCCCAGUGAUGGUCGCCCCCUAAAGUAUGAACGCAAACCUACUAGGGCCGGCCUUGCUGAGGAGGAGUUUGCUUUAGCACCACUGCCAGUGGAUCAUGGUGAUCCAAACUAUGCCGAUGAGUGA